GUACUCUCUUCUUUUGCGGAACUCUAUGGUCUGAGGGCGCCGCUGUAACCCCGGAAGCAAUCCUGAGAGGUCGGGACCGGCAAGAUGGCGGCGCGGACAGCGUUCGGGGCUGUGUGCCGGCGUCUCUGGCAGGGAUUGGGGAAUUUUUCUGUAAACACUUCUAAGGGCAAUACAGCCAAAAAUGGUGGCUUUCUUCUCAGUACCAAUAUGAAGUGGGUACAGUUUUCAAACCUACAUGUUGAUGUUCCAAAGGAUUUGACCAAACCUGUGAUAACAAUCUCUGAUGAACCAGACAUAUUAUAUAAGCGCCUGUCGGUUUUAGUGAAAGGUCACGAUAAGGCUGUAUUGGACAGUUAUGAAUAUUUUGCUGUGCUUGCUGCUAAAGAACUUGGUAUCUCUAUUAAAGUACACGAACCUCCAAGGAAAAUAGAGCGAUUUACUCUUCUCCAAUCAGUGCAUAUUUACAAGAAGCACAGAGUUCAGUAUGAAAUGAGAACACUUUACAGAUGUUUAGAGUUAAAACAUCUAACUGGAAGCACAGCAGAUGUCUACUUGGAAUAUAUUCAGCGAAACUUACCUGAAGGGGUUGCCAUGGAAGUAACAAAGACACAAUUAGAACAGUUACCAGAACACAUCAAGGAGCCAAUCUGGGAAACACUAUCAGAAGAAAAAGAAGAAAGCAAGUCAUAAAGCCUCAGGGAGGCCAUUUUUGCCUGAAUUUGAAAUGAGGGUGGGCCAGAUGAGUAUGUUUAAGUGGAGAGUGCUUCCAGCUGAGAUGAUUUGAGUCUGCCCUAACUGCUCCAUUGAGUUCUCGUGCCCUCAUCAGCUGAGGGCAGGGAAUGGAACUUUAAUGGAAGAACCACUUUUAUCUAUUCUUUUUAUUCAUUGUUUCAGUUCUGAUUUCAACAAACAUGAGCAAACCACUUCUAUUGAAAGCAGAAAGAGUGAAAAUUCUAUUUUGUUGUGCUACUGGUGUUCAAUUAUUAGUUUGUACCAUUUUUAAUUUAUGUCAGUUGAUGCAUCUGAAAAUAAGUGCUUGAAGUGCUGAAAAUAAGUGCUCUUAUUUUUUUUUUAAGAUUCCUAGAAGGAAUCUUUGGUUAAUUCAGAUUGAGCAGUUAAAGUUUUUGCUAUUUACCUUUGUGCAGGCUGGCAUAUGCUAAUUUGGGGGUGGUAACCAACCGAUUUUAUCUCAUUUAAGCAUUACAUUUUGAAGACUGUGAGUAUACUUCACAACAGAUCAAACACAUUUAUGGCAUGCACUGACGUCUUCUUGGAGCCCAGAACUUUAUAGAGUUGCCUACCAGGGUUACUGUAAUGGAAUUUAUGAUCUUAAGAAAUUACUAGUUGUAUUAUUUA